AUGGCUGACGAUAAAGUGUUUAACGACUUGUUGUUGGCGUGCAGGCUUGGUGAUAUUGAAAGUGUGGAUAAGCUGCUUUCCACUGGUGUGAAUGUCAAUCAAGUGGACAAGUUUGAUUACACUCCAUUGUUCUUAUCCAGUCUAUGUGGACAUGAGCCAAUUGUUAGGCUGUUGUUGCAAAGAGGUGCGAUUUGUGAUACUGACAAAUAUGAAGGGGCAAGAUGUAUUUACGGAGCGUUGACCGAUAGAAUAAGGAACUUGUUGAUCUCAUAUGAUAUUUCCAAAGCAGUUUAUAGCAAUUUACCAUUUGCAUCACAUUUACGUUCACUCUUAGGUGGUUCCACAUUGCUGACCGAAGAUAUAGUGUUUGAAAUUGAAAAUACAAGGUUGAAAUUGCAUAGGUUUCUAUUAAGUUCAAGAAGUGAAUAUUUCCGUGAAAAACUCGAAAAUUCAUGGAGAGAUAAAGAAAUGGUGUCUUUAACUCAACAAUCUGACUAUGAUGCCUUCUCUGUUGUUGUGGAUUACAUUUAUCUUCAUCAUGACCCCAAAAAAUUUGAAAAUGUUGAUAAUAAACUUUUACUUGCCUAUGGUAAGAAAAUUAAACUUCCACAAUUUGUUAAGAUCAUAGAGGAAUUGAUAGAAAUUGGGAAUGAUUCAAAGGCAAAGGCAAAACUGAUGAAUGAAUUCCAAAUGAGGAUGUUUGAAAGUGCAAGAGAUAAUUUCAAAAAAUUGGUUGAAAACGGGAUCAUUGGUCAAAAGGUCACCAUCGACUCAAACGAUAAAAUAAAUGAAGAACAAAUCAAAAGAUUUCAAAAUUCAAAUGCAUAUCCAGACAUCAUCUUAUCAGUGGAGGAAUUGGGGGAAACAACAUACUACCCAGUUCAUCGUUCAAUUUUGAUACGGGAUGAAUAUUUUAAAGUGAUGUUUUCAUCUUCAUUUUCUGAAUCCCAAGUGUAUGAAGUUAGUGAAAAAUAUGAUAUAAUCGAUAGAUCAGUCACAAUACCCAUUAUUCAUUUACCUGUCUCAUCAACUGCCGUGGCUGAGAUUAUUAUCAAAUUUUUAUAUUAUGACCAUGCAGAUAUACCACUCGAACAUGCCAUUGAUGUUCUCUUUGCUGGUGAUUUAUUGUUGAAUGAAAGAUUGAAAACUAUGGCUGCAGUUACAUUAACCACGUCCGAAAAAAUACCUGAAGGUUAUGACCUUUUCGAUAUUUUGAGAGCUGGUUGGGAAACAAGAGUUGAUAGAUUAGAGCAUUAUGUUGCUAGAGUGAUUGCUAAUGAUUUAGACAAGUUUAUGAAAGAUCCAGAUUUCUCAAGUAUUGUCUUGGAAAGUUCUGAAAGAAUUCAAGAGCGUCAAGAGACAGAUACCAUAGAAUUGAUUGAUGAUAUAAGAUUUUAUUUGGCGAAAAAGUGA